UCAUUUAAACUUUGUAUUCUUGGGUAACUUCUUUAAUCCCUGUGCUUUAAUUUUCCCCUUGACCUCACAGCACUGUGGAUGCAUUAAAUAACAAUGUUUGUAAAGUACCUGGCUUAUUCGAUACGCAAUGAGUAGUGACUAGAUUUAUACAUAGAGUGAAGGUAAAUAGAAGUUGUUCACUAAUUUGACACUAACAAGGGAUGAGGAGGUAAAUGGUUUCCAUGUUUGACCCUGCUGCCAAAGAAUGGUACCAUCUUCAGAUACAGGAGAGCCAGAGAAGAGAGCAGGUUUUGAAAGAAAUGAAUUCGGGAGAUGAGGAAUGGAAGAGAGCAGUUAGACAACUGUAGAAGUUAGAAAUGAAAAAAAAAAAAGAAAAGCCUGACCUUUCUGUACCCAGUCAGCAGUGAAAAGGCAACCUACAGAAUGAGAGAAAAUAUUUGUAAGUCAUAUAUCUGAUAAGGGGCUAAUAUCCAGAAUAUAUAAAAACUAAAACGGGAAUUCCCUGGCGGUCCAGAGGUUAGAACUCAGAGCUUUCACUGCAGGGGCUCAGGUUUAAUCCCUGGAUGGGAAGCUAAGAUCCUACAAGCCUGUGGAGCCGCCAAGAAAGAAAGAACUAAAACUCAAUAACAAAACACAACCCAAUUUUUUAACUGGACAAUGUACUUGAAUGGACAUCUGUCCCAAGAAGUUAUACAAAUGGUCAAGAAGCACAUGGAAAGACGCUCAGCUUCACUAAGCCCUGGGGAAAUGCACAUCAAAACCAUGAAAUACCACCUCAUACUUGUUAGAAUGGCUAUUAUCAAAAAAAAAAAAAAAAGUGUUGGUGAGGACGUGGAGAAAAUGGAAACCUUGUGCACUGCUGGUGGAAAUGUAAAACGAUGCAACCACUGUGGAAAACAGUAUGGCAGUACCUCAAAAAAUUAAAAAUAGAAUUAUCAAAUAACCCAGCAAUUCCAGUUCUGGGUAUAUACACACAGAAUUGAAAGCAGGGUCUCAAAGAGAAAUUUGUACCUCCAUGUUCAUAGCAACAUUAUUCACUAUGGCCGAAAGGUGGAAGCAACCCAGUCAACAGAUGAAUGGAUAAAUAAAAUGUACAUACAAUGGAAUAUUAUUCAGCCUUAAAAAGAAGAAUUCUGGCACACACUGCAAUUGUGAAGACAUUAUGCUAAGGGAAUAAGUCAGUGACAAGAAGACAAACAGUGUAUGAUUCCACUUAUAUGAGGUACCUAUAGUAGUCAAAUUCACAGAGAUAGAAAGUUGAAUGAUGGUUGCUAGGGACUGAGGGGCGGUGGAAAUGGGGAGUUGUUUAACGCAUGUAAGAGUUUCAGUUUUGCAAGAUGAAAAGAGUUCUGGAUAUUGGUUGCACAACAGAGUGAAUGUACUUAGCACCACUGAACUGCACAGUUUCAAGUGGUUAUGAUGAGAAUUUUAUGUUAUGAGUAUUUUACUACAAUUAAAAAAAAUAAGCUUCAUGCUCUUAGAGGUUAUGGUGAGAAUAAUUGGGAUAGGUGUGAGAAAAAAUUAAGAAAGUGGUGUCAGGUAACCUUGACCCUUAAAGCUUGUUUUAACAGUGGCUACAGGCCAGGAAGAGUUUUAGGGUGAGAUAAUUAGUUUAGUUUUUGAAAUGUCAGUUUUGAAGUAACAAUUUUGUCAUGCGGCAGAUACACAGGCCAAUUCAAUGUAUUUAACAGUGAAAAUGUAAUUCCUAGAUAAUAAUUUACUAAUUUUGGGGUCUCUUUGCAGAAGAGUGGCACAUCAAUUCUUCUCUUUUGCACAACCUAUUCCAGAUAACUGUGUGUGGGGUGGAGGAUGGGAGGUGGAGUCUGUGAAUUUCCACCCACUGAUUUCUUUUUGCUAAUUCUUGCAUUUGACCUCAGUCCUAGAAGGAAUCAUACAGGAGAAGUAUAAUUAAUUUUAUUAAACAAUUAAACAUUAAACAAUAGAGUCCUGUAAUUGGGAAUAUCUUGAAAGAAAACUUCAUGCUGCUAGAGCAGGGUAAAAUGAUUGCUGGCCUUGGAUUAUAAUCUAAUACUACAGAGGGGUUACUUCUGCAAAUGAUAUGGGUAUUAAAUGCGAUAGCCCAGGUAAAUUAGUAAUAGCACAAACAUUAGCUCCUAUUAUUAUUUAGGUAAACACAAACGCAUUACAGGUUUAUGUACAGAAUUCUCUAUGAAUGUAUAGACUGUUAUUGUCAAUACUAAUUCAUACACAUCUCACUUUCUAUUUAUACAAGUACAGCUACUACUAAAAUCAACGGUUCAAUUCAAACUAAUAAAGUAGUAGUUAACUUAAAAAGGAAAAGAAGGGCUUCCCUGGUGGCGCAGUGGUUGAGAGUCCGCCUGCCAAUGCAGGCGACACGGGUUCGUGCCCCGGUCCGGAAGAUCCCACAUGCCGCGGAGCGGCUGGGCCCGUGAGCCAUGGCUGCUGAGCCUGCGCGUCCGGAGCCUGUGCCCCGCAACGGGAGAGGCCACAACAGUGAGAGGCCCGCGUACCGCAAAAAAAAAAAAAAAGGAAAAGAAUAUAGUAAGAGCUGCUAUGGAAAAUCAUGUCCUACGUAUUCCAUAUUCUACCUGGACGAGGCAAAUAAUCCUUUUUACCAGGGAACUGAUAAACCUAGGAACCUUUCAUUCAUGAAUCUUGGUCCCCACCCGGAUCUGAGUCAGUAGGACCUAGACAGCCGCAUACGUUGGCGGGGGUGGGAUUGGCCUACGCACCACGAAAGAUUCAUCCCGGAAGUAGUUAUUGGUCGUCUCCAUGCGCCGGUUCCUGGACAUCGUAGAGCCAAGGCGCGAGGCUCGGACGGGGAGGUAGAGCUGGCGGGACUCUAAGAGACCUCCGCCUGGGACGGGAACUGCUGCGCCCGCGGGGCUGGCUCUGGCGUCAUCAUGCUGCUCCUGCCAAGCGCUGCAGAAGGCCGGGGCACCGCCAUCACCCAUGCUCUGACCUCUGCCUCAACACUCUGUCAAGUUGAACCUGUGGGAAGAUGGUUUGAAGCUUUUGUUAAGAGGAGAAACAGAAAUGCUUCUGCCUCUUUUCAGGAACUGGAGGAUAAGAAAGAAUUAUCAGAGGAAUCAGAAGAUGAAGAAUUGCAGUUAGAAGAGUUUCCCAUGCUGAAAACACUUGAUCCCAAAGACUGGAAGAACCAAGAUCAUUAUGCAGUACUUGGACUCGGCCAUGUAAGAUACAAAGCUACACAGAGACAGAUUAAAGCAGCUCAUAAAGCAAUGGUUUUAAAACAUCACCCAGACAAACGGAAAGCAGCUGGUGAACCAAUAAAAGAAGGAGAUAAUGACUACUUCACUUGCAUAACUAAAGCUUAUGAAAUGUUAUCUGAUCCAGUGAAAAGACGAGCAUUUAACAGUGUAGAUCCUACUUUUGAUAACUCAGUUCCUUCUAAAAGUGAAGCAAAGGACAAUUUCUUUGAAGUGUUUUCCCCAGUGUUUGAAAGGAAUUCCAGAUGGUCAAAUAAAAAAAAUGUCCCUAAACUUGGUGAUAUGAAUUCAUCAUUUGAAGAUGUAGAUGCGUUUUAUUCUUUCUGGUAUAAUUUUGAUUCUUGGAGAGAAUUCUCUUAUUUAGAUGAAGAAGAAAAAGAAAAAGCAGAAUGUCGUGAUGAAAGGAGAUGGAUUGAAAAGCAGAACAGAGCAACAAGGGCCCAAAGGAAAAAAGAAGAAAUGAACAGAAUAAGAACAUUAGUUGAUAAUGCAUAUAGCUGUGAUCCAAGGAUAAAAAAAUUUAAGGAAGAAGAAAAAGCCAAGAAAGAAGCAGAAAAGAAAGCAAAAGCAGAGGCAAAACGGAAGGAGCAAGAAGCUAAAGAGAAACAAAGACAAGCUGAAUUAGAAGCUGCUCGGUUAGCAAAGGAAAAAGAAGAAGAGGAAGUUAGACAACAAGCGUUAUUGGCAAAGAAGGAAAAAGAUAUCCAGAAAAAAGCCAUUAAGAAGGAAAGACAAAAACUUCGAAACUCAUGCAAGACCUGGAAUCACUUUUCUGACAAUGAGGCAGAACGUGUUAAAAUGAUGGAGGAAGUGGAAAAACUUUGUGAUCGGCUUGAACUAGCGAGUUUACAGUGCUUGAAUGAAACACUCACAUCGUCUACAAAAGAAGUAGGAAAGGCUGCUCUGGAAAAACAGAUAGAAGAAAUAAAUGAGCAAAUUAGAAAAGAGAAAGAGGAAGCUGAGGCUCGUAUGCGACAGGCAUCUAAGAAUGCAGAGAAAUCAACUGGCGGAGGUGGAAAUGGCAGUAAACACUGGUCAGAAGAUGAUCUGCAAUUACUAAUUAAAGCUGUGAAUCUCUUCCCUGCUGGAACAAAUUCAAGAUGGGAAGUUAUUGCUAAUUACAUGAACAUACAUUCUUCUUCUGGAGUCAAGAGAACCGCCAAAGAUGUUAUUGGCAAAGCAAAGAGUCUUCAAAAACUUGACCCUCAUCAAAAAGAUGACAUAAACAGAAAGGCUUUUGAUAAGUUUAAAAAAGAACACGGUGUGGUGUGUCAAGCAGACAAUGCAACACCUUCAGAACGAUUUGAAGGUCCAUGCACAGAUUUCACCCCUUGGACAACAGAAGAACAGAAGCUUUUGGAACAAGCUUUGAAAACGUACCCAGUAAAUACACCUGAAAGAUGGGAAAAAAUAGCAGAAGCAGUGCCUGGCAGGACAAAGAAGGACUGCAUGAAACGAUAUAAGGAACUUGUCGAAAUGGUAAAAGCAAAGAAAGCUGCUCAAGAACAAGUGCUGAACGCAAGUAGAGGCAAGAAAUGACUUAUGACAAUCUUUGUUGUGUGUGCAUUUUUAUAAUAAAACUGAAAAUACUGUACAAAAUUUUAUUCUUAAAACUAUA